CGUUCCUUCACUCCCCGCCUCGAGUCCUCCACCGUCCCGUCAUGCCGGGCGAGCGCCCAAGGCGGAAGCGGAAGUUGCCGCGGCCGCCGGAGCCCGCCCCCGUCCCUCCUUCUCUUCCGGCGUCUCCGCGAGUCAUGGCGCUGUUCGAGCAGAUGCGGGCGAACGUGGGGAAACUGCUGCGGGGCAUCGACCGGUACAACCCCGAGAACUUGGCCACGCUGGAGCGCUACGUGGAGACGCAGGCCAAGGAGAACGCGUACGACCUGGAGGCCAACCUGGCCGUGCUGAAGCUGUACCAGUUCAACCCGGCGUUUUUCCAGACCACGGUCACGGCGCAGAUCCUGCUCAAGGCUCUGACCAACCUCCCGCACACCGACUUCACCCUCUGCAAGUGCAUGAUCGACCAGGCCCACCAGGAGGAAAGACCCAUCAGGCAGAUCUUGUAUUUGGGGGAGCUGUUGGAGACCUGCCACUUCCAGUCCUUCUGGCAAGCUCUGGAUGAGAACAUGGAGCUGCUGGACGGGAUCACCGGCUUCGAGGACUCCGUGAGGAAAUUCAUCUGCCACGUGGUGGGAAUCACCUACCAGCACAUCGACCGCUGGCUGCUGGCCGAGAUGUUGGGGGACCUCUCGGAGGCUCAGCUGAAGGUCUGGAUGAGCAAAUACGGGUGGACGGAGCCGGAGCCCGGGCGCAUCUUCAUCUGCAACCAGGAGGAGAGCAUCAAGCCCAAGAACAUCGUGGAGAAGAUCGACUUCGACAGUGUCUCCACCAUCAUGGCCUCGUCCCUCUGAUCCCGUGUUUUAUCGUCCCCCCCCCCCUUUUAACUCCAGGCUUUGCCAGUAAAGGAGAAGCCUCCA